UGACUGUUACAAGGGAGAAUUAUAUUUUGUCCUCCGUCUGCAAUCAUUUAAUACAUGACAUGAUGGACUUAUAGGACCUAAUCGGAAUCAUUUCUACAUGUGCACGUGUUGUGUCUCUAUUAAGUCUUAUGACAACACAGAGAUACAGUAUAUCCUGGUCUGACCACCUUUCUACAUGGGGGAACCUGACAACAGCAUAUUGAUAUUAUCUGCUUUCUCUACUUUGCUAUUCACCAAUCAAAACUGAAUGGGCUUCACUCUCUAAAUGAGCUUUGUCAGCGUUGGAAGUUGUGGCGGGCCUGUUAGCCUCAGCUGCGGAAUGCUUCCCUAAUGAACGCCACGAUUACACUGAAGGGGUGACAUGGACUGGGAUCCCUCAGCAGCCAUGCAAGUGGGAAUGCGUGUGGUGCGAGGAGUGGAUUGGAAAUGGGCAAACCAGGACAAUGGUGAGGGCAGCAUGGGCACUGUGGUAGAAAUUGGACGUCAGGGCAGCCCUACCACGCCUGAUAAGACUGUAGUUGUUCAGUGGGAUCACGGCACCAGGACAAACUAUCGUACUGGAUUCCAAGGAUCUUAUGAUUUGCUGCUGUAUGAUAAUGCUCAAACAGGCGUCCGUCAUCCGAACAUCAUCUGCGACUGUUGCAAGAAGCACGGAAUUCGUGGCAUGCGCUGGAAGUGCAAAGUCUGCUUUGACUACGACCUGUGCACUCAGUGUUACAUGAACAACAAGCACGACUUGACCCAUGCAUUUGAGAGAUACGAGACUGCCCACUCUCGGCCAGUCAUGCUGACACCACGCCAUGGCUUGCCCCGUAUAGUGCUCAAAGGGAUCUUCCAAGGAGCCAAGGUAGUGCGUGGGCCAGACUGGGAAUGGGGAAACCAGGAUGGUGGGGAAUCUAAGGUCGGCCGAGUUGUUGAUAUUCGUGGCUGGGAUGUAGAGACUGGACGAAGCGUGGCAAGUGUGACAUGGGCAGACGGAACCACUAAUGUUUACAGAGUUGGUCACAAGGGGAAAGUAGAUCUGAAAUGCAUUGCCGAUACCCCUGGAGGACAUUAUUACAGGGAUCACUUACCUAAGCUUGGUAAACCAGCAGAGAUACAAAGGAAAGAAAGUUCUGAACGGCAUCCGUUCCAGCAUGGUGACAAAGUGAAAUGCCUAUUAGAUGUUGAAAUUUUACGGGAGAUGCAAGAGGGGCAUGGUGGAUGGAACCCUAAAAUGGCAGAGUUUAUAGGUCAAACAGGAACAGUUCAUCGGAUCACAGAGCGGGGAGAUGUCAGAGUUCAGUACAACAGUGAAACGCGUUGGACCUUCCAUCCUGGGGCUCUAACAAAGCACAACAGCAUUUGGGUUGGUGAUGUUGUGCGUGUGAUGGAUGACAUGGAUACAGUCAAGAAGCUACAAGUUGGUCAUGGGGAGUGGACAGAUGAUAUGGCCCCUGCACUGGGCCAGAUUGGCAAAGUAAUCAAAGUGUUUGGAGAUGGAGACAUGAGAGUGUCUGUUGGCGGUCAGUCGUGGACAUUCAACCCUGCUUGCCUCACUUCUUACCAGAGAGAUGACGAUGCCAACCUGAUGACAACUGAAAACGCCAAGGAACCUAAAAGUACUCUGGUUUCCAUUUUAGAGAAGAUACUUGCACAGAAGAUUGAUUGUGAAAGCCCCAGCUCCUUGGUUAUUGAAGCAGCCCAGGGAAACACAAGCAGAGUGAGAGAGAUGCUCCUGAAAUACCCAGACAAGGUGGAUAUAAGAAAUCAGGGCAGGACGGCUCUACAGGUGUCAUCCCACUUGGGAUACUUGGAGGUGCUGAAGGUCUUGCUUCAAGCCAAUGCAAACAUUGACCUUAAGGAUGACGAGGGGGAUUCUGCUUUACAUUAUGCUGCUUAUGGAAACCAGGCUGCCGUUGUUAGAGUUUUGCUGGGGAAAGGAGCCAAUGCCGAAUUGCUCAACAAUGCCAAGUGCACUGCUCUCUACAUCGCUGUCAAUAAAGGCUUCACAGAGGUGGUGCAAAUUCUUUGUGUUCCCAACUGUGCCAUCAAUAUCCAGGACUUACAUGGGGACACACCGCUGCACUAUGCCGUCACAGCAGAUUUCAGAAGUAUCAUUGAGAUCCUUACCGAGGUGCCGAACAUCGAUUUCACUGUACAGAAUCAGCAAGGAUUUAAUCUUCUGCAUCACUCUGCUCUGAAAGGCAAUGUCCUAGCUGUCAGAAAGAUCCUGGAAAGGGCACGCCAGCUAGUGGACUCCAAGAAAGAGGAUGGCUUCACCGCCCUGCAUCUAGCUACGCUCAACAACCACCAGGAAGUCGUGGACAUCUUAAUCAGAGAGGGCCGCUGUGAUGUAAAUCUCAGGAACAACAGGAACCAGGUUCCACUGCACCUUGCAGUGACACAUGGACACAUCAACCUGGUGCAGAUCCUGGUGACAGAAGGAGCAGAUGUGAAUGCAGAAGAUGAGGAUGGAGACACCCCAAUGCACAUAGUUCUUGUACAGCAGCACCUCACAUGCCUAGAGCCAGAAGGCAAUGGAUCAGCUAUUCUCAGCAAGCUGCAAGCUACUGGCCUGCUUGGGAAUAUGGAACUGAAUGUUGGAAUGGCAAUUGCCUGCUUUUUGGCACUAUCAGGCGCAGACAUUAACUAUGCCAAUCACCGUGGAAAAUCUCCUCUCGACCUGAUUACCGAUGGAAGGUUAGCACAUCUCGUGAAAAACUUCUCGCAGAAAUUCAGGGAACAACAGGCUGAAACUGACCCAUCCACUAUUAGCUGCACCCUACGCAGGGUACACACUACCCCGAAUACAAUGACCAACCUCAGUAUGCCCAGUGCUACCAGUCCUACAGAAUGCCUUGUGUGCUCGGAGCUGGCAGUGCUCAUCAACUUUUUCCCAUGUCAACACAGCAUAGUAUGUGAAGAAUGCUCCAGGAGAAUGAAGAAAUGCAUAAAGUGUCAAGUGUCAAUCACCAAAAAGAUUAGGCAAGAUAGCACAGAAGUUGACGAUGUGCCGAGCUUAGAAGUAUCAGAUCAGCGCAAGGUGAUGGAAGAGCUUCAGAACCGAUAUCGUCAAAUGGAGGAAAGGAUGACCUGCCCAAUCUGCAUCGACAGUCACAUCAAGCUGGUGUUUCAGUGCGGACAUGGAUCCUGCACUGAAUGCAGCUCGUCCCUGACCUCUUGCCCCAUCUGCAGGCAGGCUAUCCGAGAGAGGAUACAAAUAUUUGUCUGACUUGGGGGCGUUGGUGUGUCGCUGGAGUGACAGGCAUUGCUGUAGACCACAAAUCAUGCCUGAACUAAGCACGGUUGUGUAGACCCUCUCCAAGGCAAGGUGUUCAGAGAAGAGAGCGGGACAACUCUGCUUACGAAGAAGUGUGGCUGCUGUGUGUGUUUCAAAUACUUAAAAACAAUAUGUAUAACUAUACACACUGGAAGGGCUAAUCUAUAAUGUAGUCUUCCUGAGAAAUUCUGUUUUUCAGAAGGACAGUUGAGGCCAAUCCCGAUCGCUCAUCAUUCAAACAUGUCAUCAGUGCCCAGUGGCGUCUCCAUAGGGGUUCUCAAUCCUAUUUUUGGUUUCUGUGAAAAGCAACAUAAAUCACGGCCUUCCAACACAAAGAUACUAUUUAUUUUUUGUAUGCAUAUUCAUGAGAUAUACAGUAACUAAGCAAUACAUUAGGUCAGUCACAUAUGGCUGUCCCAAUAUGUGUAACGUUAUGGUAUUUCACUACAGAAAAAAACAAAUAAGUUAAUUUCUGAUUCACUGGAAGAUUUUACACAGAACACAGGCUCUGGCUGAAAGUGGGCAAACUGCAGAUUUUUAGAUGUCAUAAUACUAUACUAACUAGAGGCGCCUUGAUACAAGAAGGAAGAGGUGUGUUUGUUUAGCAUUUGUUACAGAAGUGCCACAUCUUGAACUGUCAGGUGACUGAGUGGGAUAGCAGAUCGAAGUUUGUUCAUUUUUAUCUGUGUACAAUGUAAGAAAUGUGUAUAUUACUGAAAAUAAAGCAGGCUUGUUAAUAUUA